UUGACUGGUUCUCAUCCGUUUCUAACGCGCCAAACACCCGGAACAGCACACCGCCGGUCUCCGCCAUCUCCAUCUCGCCGGUUUGCUAGUAGCGUUACCGCCGGUACGGAGGCUAGGUGUGGUUCCCAGUUCCCAUUUCCCUUCUUUCUCAUCUGGAAAUGGGGAAGGGACCCCGAUCAGAUCUAGAGGCGGCGACCUAUCCUGAUCGAGCCCCGCAGUACUUCUACCCGCCCCAGCCAAAGCCAUGGUUCCCCUGGCUCGUGCCCACAAUCUUCAUCGUAGAUGUGGCUUUGUUUGCGUACACCAUGUAUGUCAACGACUGCCCGUCCACAACCGGCAUCGAUCUCUGUGUUUUCCCUUCUCUCGGAAGGUUCUCAUUCCAGCCGCUCUCUCAGAACCCCCUCUUUGGCCCUUCUACCACAACGCUAGAACUAAUGGGAGCCCUUGAGUGGAGACUAGUGGUGAAGAAGGGUGAAUGGUGGCGCCUCUUCUCUUGCAUAUGGCUUCAUGCUGGAGCCAUCCAUCUAAUUGCUAAUAUGAUGAGCCUUCUAUUUAUAGGUGUCCGUCUUGAACAAGAAUUUGGAUUUUUGAAAAUAGGACUACUGUAUGUUCUUUCGGGCUUUGGUGGGAGCUUAUUAUCUUCCCUUAAUCUUCAGUCAGCCAUGUCAGUUGGUGCUUCGGGUGCACUUUUUGGGAUGCUAGGUGCCAUGCUUUCUGAGCUUUUAACAAAUUGGACAAUCUAUUCAAAUAAGGUCCCUUCUAACUAUAUCUUCUUUUGUAAAAUAUGUGAGCAAUUUACCCAUCAAGGUUGA